CACAGAUGUUGAUCCACCUCUUGGAAUACGGACGUUCAGUCCCUAAUAAGAAUUAACCUGCAGACAUGACCUGUGUUCAGAGUCAACAUGGUAUCAAAUCAUAUGAAACUACUCACUGCACCUCAGAGUUUGUGAACCCUGACUUCACUUCUGGACUGGUGAUGGACCUGAGUGACCCACGGGAGCAGGUCUCAGCGCAGUCCUUACCAAGCAUCACUUCCCUGGUUGGAAGCUAUGUAGGCGAGUUUGACACUUACUCGUGCCAGAUUGCUACUGCGGCAAUGCCCACAUGCACUGGCAACACCACUGGACAAGAAUCUUUGAAGCUGGAUGACUUUCAGGUUUAUGGCUGCUAUCCAGGUUCAUUCGCACUGAGUUACCUCGAUGACACAGUUUCUUCAGGUAGCUCAAACUGCUUUGGAAGUCCGGCCUCAGUUCCAUCGCCCUCUACUCCAGGCUUCCAGUCAGGCUCGGCCUGGGAUGCAACCUUUGGUUCCUGCUCACCUGGUCCUUUGGGCUGGGGAUCAGACAAGACGCUGCUGUCACAGGCUCCGUCUUUCUUCACGUUUGGGACUGUUGCAGGAGAAGACCUGUCUCCUAUGGGCCCGCUGCAACCACAGCUCCCAGACCAGGAUGUCUUCUCUCAUGCAUCCCAGCAUGGCUCACCACAUCCCUACAGCCCUUUAGGGAUGGAACAGAGUGGUCUGAACAGAUCUCCACUUAUGGAGGGUCACCUGUCACCUAAAGCACGAAGUCCCUCGGGGAAUGCGGGACGCUGCGCUGUGUGUGGAGACAAUGCCUCCUGUCAGCAUUAUGGUGUUCGCACCUGUGAGGGAUGUAAAGGGUUUUUCAAGCGUACUGUACAGAAAAAUGCCAAGUACGUGUGCCUUGCCAAUAAGGACUGCCCAGUGGACAAAAGGAGGCGGAACAGAUGCCAGUUCUGCCGCUUCCAGAAGUGCCUGUCUGUGGGAAUGGUGAAAGAAGUUGUACGUACAGACAGUUUGAAAGGGAGACGGGGUCGCUUGCCUUCAAAACCAAAAACAGUUCAGGACUCCUCAUCCACUGGUUCCCCUGUGAACAUUAUUGCCUCUCUAGUCACCGCUCAUAUCGACUCUAAUCCAGCUAUUGGGAAACUGGACUAUUCGAAGUAUCAGGAAACCGUGGCAAACAUUUCUGAGAAGGAAGAUGCGAAUGACAUCCAGCAGUUUUAUGACCUGCUAACAGAAUCUUUGGAGGUGAUCAGGAAGUGGGCUGAGAGCAUUCCAGGAUUCGGUGCUUUCUGUAAGGAAGAUCAGGAGCUUCUCCUUGAGUCAGCCUUUGUCGAACUCUUCAUACUACGACUAGCCUACAGGUCUAACCCUGAGACUGACAAGCUGAUCUUCUGCAAUGGUGUGGUCCUCCACCGAACUCAGUGUGUACGAGGUUUUGGAGACUGGAUUGACUCAAUACUGGAGUUCUCUCAGAGCCUUCAUCGCCUGAACCUGGAUGUAUCCUCUUUCUCCUGUCUUGCCACCUUGGUCAUUAUCACAGAUCGCCAUGGCCUCAUGGAACCCAGGCGGGUGGAGGAAUUCCAGAGUCGGCUGAUCACAUGCCUUAGAGACCACGUUUCCAGGAGCACUUCAGAUGCUGCUCGUCCAAACUACCUGUCCAGGCUGCUGGGGAAGCUUCCUGAGCUACGUACACUGUGCACGCAGGGCCUUCAGCGCAUUUUCUACCUUAAACUGGAAGAUCUGGUCCCGCCUCCUCCCAUCGUGGAUAAAAUUUUCAUGGACACCUUACCUUUCUGA